UCUUCCCCAAACAGCAGCGGGGGCGCUUACCUUGCACGACCAGAGAGCAACACGGCCAGUAAUACAAGGUAACGUGAGAUAAGUGGAUAUAUAUGCUGUCUCCCCAAGCGCAACCGUGUGCUUGGUCUCCCUUUCCCAGCCCUCAGCAGCCAGUUUCUCGGCUUCGCUAGACAAUAGGCACGCGGUACCCGGCAUCUAUCCAGGAUCCUCUAUUCUCUACCAUCUCAGUCGCCAGCCCAAGACACAGUCAACAAGCCCAUAGUCUCAGUGGUAGCGAUUAUCAAGGACCAGACCAGACAAUGGAGAAGAUGAUUCGCUCAAUCCUCGCAUGCAUCAUUGCGGGCCGGGAGGAACCUCAAGGGUACACGCAACUCAUCUUCGACGAAAAGCUAGCCCAGUAUGCCGAUUACCAACUCCCGGCUUCCCCGGAGCUCAUCUGCCACGAAAAGAUGGCCCCGUAUACGGACGAACCUGAAGAAUCGUACACGCAGCCGGAGCCAAUGACCUACGAUGUCGCUUCAGUGCCGUCCUUAGCAACGGAAGACGCACGCACGGUCGAAGAAGUCGCCAGGGAGAUCACCCGACUGCUGUGGCAGGCCGAGUGGAACGACAGUGCACUACAGACUCACAUCUCGAACGAGCUCCGCGGGCGUUGCUGGACCCGCAAGAUGGCCGAGGAGUGUCUUGACAACGUCAUCGAGUACGUCGAGCAAGGCAGGGCCCACAUGGGCGAUGCCAUGUGCGAGACUCUCGACAGGGUCGUGGACAUUGCCGACGAGGAAUUUGCUUUCCCCCGCGGGCAUCCGCCGUCUCUCGACGGGUUCAUUUCUAUCGUCUCUGCCGGAGUGCUUGCGGAUAUGCUGGGGGCGUGGGUGCUGGAGCUGCUGGGGUUUGGGGAGGUCCGGGGAAAGACGGCGCCAAGUGCCGACGCGGGUUGGGUCUCGAUGCUCACGUCAGACAAGAUCACGUUGUCAGAGACACCAAAGAACAACAGUUACGCGGCUUACUGGAUGACGGAGUACGCAGCGUAUAUCCCGCCAGAUUCGGUCGUCAAGUACUGGAGCAGAUUGGAUAUGGUUAAGUCGGAGGACUGAGGGUACCGCCUACCAAGUCAUGCUCCCAGGCACAGGCAAUUCCCGCCCAAGUUCCACUCCAAGCGGGUUACUUUACCGGUUGAUGAGACCGGGUCAAGGUACCUUGCCUUAAUGGUAUGUACGGUGAACCUUGGUUCUUACGGCAUCGGCGACGCCUCAACAAUUCAAGUUCAAAGCGGCGACUAUGGCGAGAACUGUGGCUAUAGGUGGCU